GAGGGACGCCGGGCGCAGGCGCAGAGAGCGCAAGCCCCGCGCUACGCGUCGCUGGUCCCCGGCGGCAAGUCGCGCGCCCCCCCCGCCCCCCCGCGCCCGCCUGUCUCCAGCCCCGCCGCGCAUGCACAUGGAGGGGGGCGCGAGCGCCCCGGACAAGCCCCGCGCCCGCUCAGGCGCUGCCGUGCUAUGCCGGGGUCCAGUAGAGCCGCUGGUCUUCCUGGCCAACUUUGCCUUGGUCCUGCAGGGCCCGCUCACCACGCAGUAUCUGUGGCACCGCUUCAGCGCCGACCUCGGCUACAAUGGCACCCGCCACACUGGGGGCUGCAGCAACCGCAGCUCGGACCCCACCAUGCAGGAAGUGGAGACUCUUACCUCCCACUGGACCCUCUACAUGAACGUGGGCGGCUUCCUGGUGGGGCUCUUCUCGUCCACCCUGCUGGGAGCCUGGAGCGACUGUGUGGGCCGCCGCCCACUGCUGGUGCUGUCCUCGCUGGGCCUACUGCUCCAGGCCCUAGUGUCCGUCUUUGUGGUGCAGCUGCAGCUCCAUGUCGGCUACUUCGUACUGGGUCGCAUCCUUUGUGCCCUCCUCGGCGACUUCAGUGGCCUCCUGGCUGCGAGCUUUGCGUCCGUGGCAGAUGUCAGCUCCAGCCACAGUCGCACCUUCCGCAUGGCCCUGCUGGAAGCCGGCAUCGGGGUGGCUGGGAUGCUGGCAAGCCUCCUCGGGGGCCACUGGCUCCGGGCCCAGGGUUAUGCCAAUCCCUUCUGGCUGGCUCUGGCCUUGCUGAUAGCCAUGACUCUUUAUGCAGCUUUCUGCUUUGGUGAGACCUUAAAAGAGCCAAAGUCCACCAGGCUCUUCACUUUCCGUCACCACCGAUCCAUUGUCCAGCUCUAUGUGACUCCGGCCCCAGAGAAGUCCAGGAAGCAUUUAGCCCUGUACUCACUGGCCAUCUUCGUGGUGAUCACUGUGCACUUUGGGGCCCAGGACAUCUUGACCCUGUAUGAACUGAGCACACCCCUCUGCUGGGACUCCAAACUAAUUGGCUACGGUUCUGCAGCUCAGCAUCUCCCCUACCUCACCAGCCUGCUGGGCCUGAAGCUUCUGCAGCACUGCCUGGCGGAUGCCUGGGUGGCCGAGAUUGGCCUGGCUUUCAACAUCCUGGGGAUGGUGGUCUUUGCCUUUGCCACCAUCACGCCUCUCAUGUUCACAGGAUAUGGGUUGCUCUUCCUGUCGUUAGUCACCACACCCGUCAUCCGGGCCAAACUCUCCAAGCUGGUGAGAGAGACAGAGCAAGGUGCUCUCUUUUCUGCUGUGGCCUGUGUGAACGGCCUGGCCAUGCUGACGGCCUCCGGCAUCUUCAACUCACUCUACCCAGUCACUCUGAACUUCAUGAAGGGGUUCCCCUUCCUCCUGGGAGCCGGCCUCCUGCUCAUCCCAGCCGUUCUGAUCGGGACGCUGGAAAAGGCUGGUCCUCACCCUGAGUUCCAGCAGUUUCCCCAGAGCCCCUGAUCUGCCUGGACCAGAAGACAGAGGGCAAGAGGAGCAAAGCGAACACCAGCCAACUGGAGGUCUCCAGCUGGGAACCCCGCCCACAGCAGCGCCACAGCUCCUUUCAAAGGGCAGCACUCACUGUGGACGACGUGGUCAGGAAAGACCAAGGUGCCACCCCAUCCACAGCUGAGCCAGCCUCUGACUAGGAUCUAGAAUCAUAAUCCAGACAGGCCCACUGCAGGGCAGGUGGCAGGGGAGCUAUUUGGGACAGGAGUCAGUUCUCCCUUUCUGCCAUCCAUCACUUACAACUCCUCAGGGCAGAGGAGAGGUCCUGAUGGAGGUGACACCUCAGGGACCAGAGGCAGCACGAGGGCUGGCAUCUCUCCUUCCAGCCUAAACUGCACAGCCCCAACCAGGUUCCCAACGUGUGCAGCAGCCACCAGUCACUCCUUAAUGAUGACUGUGGUACCUGGUUAGUGCCAGCCUUGGGAAGGAGGGAGGGAGACGAGAGGAGCUUGGUGAUCUUCAGAGGAAAAGUGCUGCUUUCCCUGUGGUUGGGGCAUCGAUCCUUGGCUAUGGCCUACCCACUCCCUGGGCUCAAGAGUGCCAAUCAUUGUAAAUCAAUUUCAUCAAACUGAAAC